GUUGAGUUAUAUGAUGUGAAAGUAAGUUUACUCGUAGCUGUAAAAGUCAGCAAGUAUCUUAGUAAAUCUGUAGCUCUUUUAUCGUCCUUCAGUGAUGACCAUUGUGAUUCUGCUGGGUGUACAGGAUCAGAAAGUUGAUGCAGUUUCUCUUCGUGUUGUUCUAAACAGAUUGCAGUUCUUUGAAUAUGAAGAAGUAACAUUUUACUGUGAAGCAGUCAUUAAUUGUGAAGUUAUGCAUAAAUUCAAAGGGAAAGUAGAAUCAUGUAACAAAACGAAUGAAAGAACACCAACAGGAUCAUCCUGCUCCAUUAAAAUUGUUUUUACGGAUGACAGUGGAGAGUACUGGUAUGAGACUGAAGGAGGGAAAAGAAGCAAUAUUAUAAGCCUCUCUGUCACUGCUGGUGCUGUGAUCCUGGAAAGUCCUGCUGUUCCUGUAUCGAUGGAAGAAACUGUGACUCUGAGCUGCAGUAUCAAAUAUGCUUCCUCCAACUUCACUGCUGAUUUCUAUAAAGAUGGACAUCUGAUCUAUCAAAGCUCCAAAAGGAACAUGAACAUCUACAGAUUUUCAAAGUCAGAUGAAGGACUUUACAAGUGUAGUAUCUCAGGAGCUGGAGAAUCACCAGAGAGCUGGCUGAAAGUCACAGUUGCUCAAAAUGUGAAUUCGACAACUAAUGCAGACAGUCACAAAGAGAUGAGCAAAUCCUCUGCUGCCAUACCUUGGAUCACGGCCACCAUUUUAUUUAUUGCUCUGUUGAUGGUAGCAGUGGGACUGUCUUGCUUUGGCAGAGGUUACUGGGACAGAGAUGAUGAUAUUUUAUAUUCUACAGCCAAUUACUACAUGCUAGGCCUGGGUGAAACACAACCCAAAGGUUGCAGAAAGAGAACUGACUGAAGACAUAAUCACAUUUGACAGAGAAAACAAUGAAAUAUCCCAAAUUUGUCAGCAGUGUUGGAGUUUUCUUAAUUAUUUUUCUUCAUUCCAUCCAUCCAUCAUUUGUCUUCCCUUUAUCCUUGUCAGGGUCGCGGAGGGGCUGGAGGCUAUCCCAGCUACUAUAGGGCAAGAGGCAGGAUGCAUCCUGGACAUUCGACAGUCUGUCACGGGGCUAACACAUAGAGUCAGACAAUGAUUCACACUGACAUUAACCCCACUAACUGUAUGUCGUUGGAUUGUAAGAGGAAGCCGGAGUACAUGGGGAGAACAUGCAAACUCCACACGGAAACCUUCUUGCCAUGAGGCUUUGCUAAUCCCCGCGCCGCGUUACCCCUUUUCUUCAUUACUUUUCGUUUCUGUAUGUAAUUUAAUUACUCUCUGGAGACAUGUAAACAAGUAGUGUAACAAAUUUCUAAUGUUCUUGUUACUCUAUAAUAUUACCUGAAAGGCUUAUAAUUACCAGUUAACAAUAUAUACCUAUAAGCUACAAUCCCACAUGAACAGGUAGAAACAUGGGCUGCAAGACUGAGUACUCAUCAUUACUUUUGUUACCUGUUGAAGUUCAGAGUCUUGGGUUGGCAGUCACUCAGCUAUAUAAUCACUCUGGGUUCUUGGCUAGCAUUGCUUUAAGUUCUAAGCCCCAGUUCUGUUAGCAGUAUAAUGCAGUUGUUUAUGUCUUGGACCAUCACACUCUUCAAAUUUUGUACAAUAAAAACGAAAGCAAUAUCCAUAUUACUACUAUAGACUGCUCCACCAUUUUCCUUCUCCCAAAGAUAAACUGAAAUGAGCUGACUGUAGCAGAAGUCCACAAGAAGAAAAAGUAAAUUUUAUUUGGUGUUUUUUUUUGUCUUUCUGGCUGUCUGCCCAGUGUGCAAAUGACAACAUAAUUGUAAUUGCAAUGUGAUUACUGAAUUUAGUUUUGUGUGCAUAUCUACAAAUUGUUAUAUCUA